CAAGCGCAGCCCCCUGUUGAAAGAGUUUUUCAUGGGCAAAGAACACAUAUUUCAGGGGGUCCCAUGGAGACAAGAUGAAACCUCUGGUGUUAGGCUUCACGUCAGAAGAGAGCGUCCUAGCCGCCCGCCGGUCCCGGUUCUAAUCACGGCGACUGCGCCCAGAAGCUGAUAAGACACAAUCGAUACGAGCAAAAUCCAAAGCGGCGCGGAAGAGGAGAUAGCCCAUGAAGAAUUUGGCCCAACGAGCUGCCGCAAGUCUUUAGUCGGCCGCGCUUUUGGCGAGGCGGUGCUCGUUCGAUCGCAGGUCAGUGAAAGAACGUCUUGAAAGUUUCAUCCAAACAAGAAUUCCGUCUCGAACUCCGGGGAAGCCUUUGGUCCCGGUUCUCCACCCACGGCAACAUGGACGAGGAGAUAGGCGAGGAGAAAGAUUGGCGGCGGCUGGAACCCCAGCGCGGCGUCAAAGUCUUCCUGAGCGUCUUGUACGGCCUCAUCCUGGUGACGGGCAUCGCGGGCAACUCCGUCACCAUCCGAGUCACGCAGGUUCUCCGGCGCAACGGCUACCUUCAGCGGAACGUGACGGAGCACAUGGUGAGCCUGGCCUGCUCGGACCUUCUGGUUCUGCUGGUGGGCAUGCCCGUGGAGCUCUACAGCGCCAUCUGGUUCCCGUUCACCACAGCGUCCGGAGGGGACGCCGCCUGCAAGCUUUACAACUUUGUGUUUGAGGCGUGCAGCUACGCCACCAUCCUCAACGUGGCCACGCUUAGCUUCGAGCGCUACGUGGCCAUCUGCCACCCCUUCCGCUACCGAACUCUGAGCGGGCGCCGUACGUCGGCUUUGCUGGCCCUGGCCUGGCUGCUGUCCGUUCUGGUGGCCCUGCCGCUGCUGGCGGCCACGGGGACGCAAGGCCACGUGGCCGCGGGGGCCGACGGCCCGGUCCGCAACCUGACCUUCUGCACCAAUCUGAGGGAGCGCUGGCUGAUGUACCGAGUCAGCGUCUUCGUGGCCUUCCUGGUCUACGUGCUGGUUUUGGCCGCCGUGGCUUUCAUGUGUAGGGCCAUGAUCGUGGUCCUGAGAAAGUCUCUGGGCUCCUCGGACGGAAAUCUCAAAAGGUUCAAGCAUGAGAGUGAAAAAGUGAAGAUGGCCAGGAAGCAGACCAUCGUUUUUCUGUGCUUGAUGGUGGGCUCCUUGCUGGUGUGCUGGUUCCCCAAUCAGAUCCGCCGGCUGAUGAUGGCCGGCGCGCCCAAGUCCAGCUGGAGCGCGGCCUUCUUCCACAGCUACAUCGUCCUCCACCCGGUGGCCGACACCUUCUUCUACCUGAGCUCGGCCCUCAACCCCUUCCUGUACAACGUGUCCUCCCGCCGGUUCCGCCGGGUUUUCGUGCAAGUUCUGCGCUGCCGCCUCGGCGUCCAGCACGUCAACAUGCGAAGCGUGCCGUCGGUGCCGAGCUCCCGCACCCGAAGCGUUGGCUCCCUGCCGCUGGCCGACGGGAUCCGAUCCGAAGAGGAGCCGCGUGGGAAGGGGCGGGACUCGGAAGCAGAGGCGGCGGAGACUCUCAACAAGGACUUGGCUUUGUAGGAACUGCCAUAUGCAUGCAUGCUCCAAUGGCUUGAUUGCUGCAAAUUGUUUUCCUGUCCUGCGUCGUGUGCGCCAGCCAAUUG